GCACGAGAGCCUGUCAGCUCUCGCGUAUCUGCCUCGCCUUUGUGUCGAUCGUCCGGACAUGUGACACGAGAAGCAUCGACAUGCUACAUCUCAUCUGCCGUGUCUUUGACAUUCCAUAGUGCACCUCGAUCACGUUUCAAGAAAAGAUUGUCAGCCAGCGCUUACGCUCUUGGACAUCAUGCCGACAAAGGGUGACCAUCCAUGCAAUGGAAAGGAGGACGCAUGUAAAUCGAACACUGUGAAGUCUGAACAGGUGCCCAGUUCUACAAGCCUUAUACACUGCAAAAAAGCCUCAGCACCAUUAUUGUGUCCUGUCUGCAACAAAGCGUUUGGUCGAAAAUAUCACCUGGUGAGGCACCUGCAAAAUGCAGUCUGCUCUGCAGAACAGAAGCUUUCUUUGCCGUGUCCUACAUGUGGCAAAAUAUUUUCCUCGAAGGCGAAACUCGACUACCACAUUACUGUGCAUGGCAUGGCAUCAGAAAAUUGCAAAACGUCUCCCCUCAAGCGGUUUGAGUGCAACCAGUGCGGUCGUCUCCUUUGGUCGCAGUCUCAGUUGAAGAUUCACCAACGAACCCACACUGGGGAGCGACCGUUCACCUGCACCGAGUGUUCCAAGACUUUUGUCUCCCUGGGUGCUCUAAACAAGCACAAGCUUUCUCACUCGGAGGAAAAGCCCUUUGUAUGUCCCCACUGCCCAGCCAGAUUUUCCUUAAAAGGCACGCUCAACAGGCACAUUCCCACGCAUACAGGCAUUCGUGCUCACAAGUGUCCCCACUGCCCCAAGGAUUUCAUCCAGGCUGUGGCACUUCAAGCCCACCUUGUUACUCACACGGGCAGCAAUGGUUUUCCCUGCCGCGUGUGCGGGCACAUGUUCUCCCGCAAGGCCCGCAUGAAAGAGCACGUGCUGUGUGUUCACGAAGGCCAGCGCAAGUUUAAAUGUGACUUAUGCGCCAAGAUGUUCUCUCGCAAGGAUGAUCUCACCACCCACCAGGAGCACAGGCAUGGCCUUAUCGGCAAGCCUCUAGGUGGUCUCAACCCGGCAUGGAGCAGUUUGACACUCAUGACGAUGGGCUCGGGCAGUUUGUCACCCCCCCGUGCUUUCGCUCAAGAUGCACUCUUAAACGACUCUGUGAUAACUCAUCAGUCAACGCUAGAUAUGUCGCCUGACUCCUACAGUACGGCUGCUCGUAUGGAGACAAAACAGCAUAAGCAUAAUGUUGUAGGUGACAAACGUACAGCACACGAUGCAUUCCACCGAACUCACACUAAUGACAGCCAUCUACAUGGUAAAACAUUGUAUGUUAAGCCAUCAGGUAUGAAUGAAAAUUGUAAGAAUAAAAGUCUGGUUGCUCUUGAAGAUAAAAGUUUCCAUGAGAACGGUGUAAGAGAAGCGCUCCUGUCUCAAGAGCACGGCGCUAAUGCUUGCACUGUAGGCAACCAAAGCAUGGCAAUGAAACAUUCAUCUACAUCUAAUGUUUCUGCAAGCUCUAUGCAAAGCAACAUUUGCCUUAAAAGUGAGGAGUCAUUACAGGAGUCGGAGGAAAACUGCGAUGGUCUUAAAAACCGCAUAGAGGAGUUUCUCUGCUUCCUAAUUGAAAAACCCAUACUCAAGAGAUUUGGGUGGCCCAGUGCACACUUAAGUGACUUGUUGGAGGCUGUGAUCCGUCACUGUGGCUGCAGCCCAUCUGAGUCUCAGUUUGACUCUCUUGCCGAUAAGCUCAGAGAAAACUGCAAGGUACUUUUUACAAAGGUACUUGAAGAUGAUGUUGCUGGGAAGCUUCUUGAUGAUGAUGAGACUGUUGAUGUUGUACUUGACAAGGUUCUAGAGUUAGCCAGGCUAAGCUAACUUGUAUGACAAUGCUUUGUAAUGUAGUUGAUAUCUUUUCUUACACCGCCGGAAAUCGUGAAGACUCUGAUAUUUCUAAGAAAUGGUGGAAUUAAGGAGCCCUGUGAUUACUGUUGCUUAUUAUUUUCUUUCAUUAGACAAUUAGAGACUUUACAGUGGAGAGGUUUUGCCACAAACAAGCGUAAAUAAUCACUAGGAAGCGAUUAAGUUUCUUUCUUUUCAAUGUUAAUUUUGAUGUCUCUUUCUCAUUGUGUAUAGUAUUCGAUAGGCAAGACAGCUGUGGCAGUGUUAGUAGUUUGAAUUGUGAUUCAUCAAUUAUAGUUACUAAGUUGCUAAUAUAGCAGUUGUAUGAAUGUCAAAGAUAUGAUUGCUGAAUGUAAUUGGUGUGGAAGAUGAUAUGUACAAAGCUUGAUGGGAAUAUGAUGUCCGAAGCACAUUGGGAAAGAUAGUCAAUUCAAGGUUUAUAUGUUUGUUGCAGUUCAGUUUUCUGAACCUAUUUUGGUGUGGAACUCGUUUUUGGUGUAGACCUUUGUUUAAUGAUGUUCUACGUGAUCGUGGUAGACGUGUAGGUGUACACUUCCAUUUUUUUUUAAUCGAGCUUUAAGCAACAACAGUAUUGUGUGGUUUAAUUUUAAUAGCAUUCCCUUCACAUUCCUUGUCUACUUCUAGUUGUGUGAAAGAUCGAGUAUCUUGAGACCUGAUGUCGGGUCACUGAAAUGCCCAGAUCUUUUUUGAAGAUCACUGCUUAUAGCAUGCCUAUACAUUUCAAUGCUGUGGCCCAAUUAAUGCAGUACUUACAAUUCUUUGAAUCCAGAUAAAGGCAUCUGAAACUUACUUUGAUACGUAAAUCAUGUGCAAACUGGGGCUCUGGAAGUGUAUUCGGCAGUGCAGGGGGCAAGCACUGGGAUUCAUUUCGUCUGCACAAACUUUUUUUGUCACUUCGAAACAAAGGCCUAAUUUACUAUAGUAGAGGGGUAGUCAGCCCUUCGGACUAGGGGGUAGUGCCCCCUUGCAGUAGAACCUGUCGGAACGCCCCGCCCCCCAUUUCUCUAUCAUGGAGCCCCCCUGUAUGCAGAUCCUCACCGCAAGAUCGACUGGAUCUCGACUUGGUAUAUUGCUCAAAAAUGUCCUGUCCUGUGCUCGUACCAGACAUUCAUUCCAAGUGCAUUUCAAACACUUCGACGUGUGCAUAGAUACCAUUCUAACGCAGGCUAUUUACAAGGCUGUGUUCUGCUCAUUCCUCUUUUUUUUCUUCAGUCUGUGAACAUGUCAUGCACAAAAAGUCCAGCUCGUGAACAUCCAUUUCUCUUGUCUAAAAUUCAGUAGUCAUUCUGCCAUGUGCAAAGUAGCAUAACUUAAAUGACUUUCAGGGAAAUGUCAGUGCUGUAACUUUGUCAAUCUUAGAACCCUUCUUUUGAAGUGGAUAAAGGACCAGGAGCAUUGAACACAUGUAUGAGCAAAUGGCUUAUCUGUGCAAGAAUCUUGCUGAUAUUUCUGAUAGGUUUUGCUUUAUCACUACUUUAUUUGACUUAACUUAUGUAAUCCAAUGGCUAAUAAUAUUGAUGCGAAAUAAGUUGGCACGUGAUGACACUGGCCUCUUAAUGCGAGAAUGACGAAGUUAGUGGUUGCGCGCGCUCUCCGAGGAUCAGCCAUUGCUAAAGGCAGACGUUUUUUUGCCAAUCUGUCGCUGGUCAACUAUUUUAGCUGUACUAGCUGGGUGACAAUAUUUCACCUGAAAACUGAGCCUCGUGUCAGCUUUAUUAAGUGUUUAGCUGGCAGUAUAACAAUGUAAUGUUUCUGAGAUGUGACCUAGCUCACUCGUGUGCGUCUGAUAGGCCUGGUGUAGUAACAUGGUUGCCAUGUGACCAGAAUUAGCCGAGAUGUAAACAGGAGGUGUGAAGAGCUAUCUUUAACUGGCUUAUUCAUUGUAAUUUAGUGAAAGUAUUUCUAUCACUAUUGAAAGUUUGUGAAAAGCAGAUUAGCUAAAAUCUUGAAGAAAAAAAACAAACAAAUACCAUCUUUGUUGGCAUUUGCUUGCACAGAGAGCCCAGGAGAGAUAGCCAAAUAAUAUGAAUAUAGUAGGUGAAGCUACUCAAUUUUGCUUAUGUUGAUAGUUACUUAAGACAUCAUUGAUGAAUGAAAAUUGCACCAUCAUGAUGAAAGUUACACCAUCGUGGUAUUGUGCUCAGGCAUCCUCUGUGUUUACUUUGCACUAUUUCUGCCAUUUAUUGUGAGAAAAUUAGUGACAUGUCUGUGAAAAAGCUGUGAAGCAUUGAGUGUGCCAUUAUAGCCCCUUUGUAAUCGGCAUGUGCAAUAUCUAUUGAGAGAUGCAAAUCCAAUGCAUUUAGUAUGAAGACUUGUUUGACCCAGUAAGAACUGUGACAUUACUUGAUUGAGAGUUUGUGGAGAUGAGCUUUGUGCAGAAUUUCUGUGAUAUGGAUGAUCAAAUUGUAGUUCUCGAAAUAAACCAUUUUCUCCCAGUCAUCUAAAA